AUGGUAUCUAAAGAAGUUAGUACCUGGAUGAUUGCGAAAGACUUGUGUAGAUGCUGUCAUGCUGAAGGAGAUUUUUUCAAUUUGGCGACGCCUAAUACAUUUAAAGAUCGAGAAGAAAUAUACUCCGAUAUGUUAAGAACCUGUUUUGAUAUAGAGAUUGAUCCUGUGCCAGGAGGUCUCUGUAUUCCAACAUACUCAAUAUGUUCAAAAUGUGUUGUGAAGUUACGGGAAGCAAUUAUUUUCAAAGAGCAAGUGUUAAAAUGUGAAGAAAAAUUCUAUGAAUUAUUAACAUCUUCAUCAAUUGCUGUGUCGACCCAAAUUAAAAAGGAACCUGAAAUGGAUAGCGAAGAUUACAAUGAUGAUAUGGGUGAUGAUUUAGAUGACGAAAUGGAUGAUUAUAUAGAUGAUAUGGACAAUGACACCGACACAAUUGACACAGAUUUAAAACUCGAACCAGGGGAACAUCAGAUUGAAGAACACCUAAAAAGACCACUUAGAUCAAGAAUUCAAAAGACAACGGAAGUGACUAAGAUUAAAGCAGCGCAGGAGCCAAAACCAAAACCGAAGCCGAAACCGAAAAAGCCGCCGAAAGAAAAGGCAGUGAAAAAAGAAGAGAAGAAAGUAAAGAAGGAAAGAAAGAAAGAAGAUAACACAGAGAGAAAAGGCACGAAGCCAAAGUUCUCCCUCCGGCCGGGCGAUUUUACAUACAAUAAUGGGACCUAUACCUGCACCCUGUGCGACACCCCAUACAGCGCAAUCCAAUCCUUGAGGUAUCACAUCCGCUCGAAACACUACAAGCUACCGAAAUAUAAAUGCCAAUAUUGCGACCAGGAGUUUAUGACGCUACCACCAUUUGUGGUGCACAAACUGAACGAUCAUAAUGUAGACGAGCGAUAUGAGUGUACCGCAUGCCAGAGUAAGUUCAACGCGCCGAGUCAGUUACGGAAGCAUAUAAAUGGGUUUCACAUGCUGGGGGAGAAAUACAAGUGCGAUUCGUGUGAUUAUGAGACGUUCAGUUUCGAAACGUUGUAUAAACACAAGUUUAAGCAUAAGACGGUGAAGGACUACCAUUGUAGGUUCUGUAAGAAGGCAUUCUUGAGAAAGGCGACGUUGGAACUGCAUGAGAGGAUACACACGGGGGACAGAAGGAAAGUCUGUAAAAUAUGUGGGCAGGCGUUUGUUCAGAAGGCCAGUUUGAAUUAUCACAUGACGAAGUAUCAUCCGAAUGUGAACUUUUAG